UUUCUGCAAUCUAGAGACGCAAAGAUUGCUGAUAUGGCUAGUGAGAUUUAAGAAUUGAAGGGCAUGGUCCGAGAGUUAGCUGGAAAGAAGAAAACUAAUGGUGAGACUGAAACAUCUGAGACAAGUGCUGGAUUCAAAGAAGGAGUCAGAGUACAAAUACUGGAUUGGUUUGAGUCAGAAGAUGUAGUUGUUGGUGAAGGAGAAUUUUGCUCUGAUGAACCGAUGUACAAAAUUGGUCGUGUGCCUAUUGGUCCUAAUGCAGUGGCUGUUAUUGUUAAGUCUGCAUUAAUCUCUGAAGCUUUUCUCUGGAGGCCUACGACAGAUGUAUUAUCUCUUGGGGACGCAGUGGGAUGCAAAGUAGCUUGGCCAAUAAAUAAAGUGGUUUUGGACAGGAAUCCAGUAGCGUCUCAAGAUGUAUUGAUGCAACACAAGGAAGGCGAAACUCGAAGAUGCAAAAUCUAUGACUGGACUUCAGAAGAAGAAGAGGUUAUUGCUGAAGGUUUCCUGUGCUCAUCUAAUUCCAAAGAGAUGGUUAACAAUAUACCUCUGGGUCCAAAUGCGGUGAGCAUUGAAGUGGUGAAGGUGUUUAAAGAUAAUGCUCAUUUGUGGAGGCCAACUGCGGAGAUGUUUUUGAUUGGUGAUGCAAUUAACGAGAAAAUCGCAUGGCCACUCCUCAAGUUUGAAAUCAUGGCUUCGAUCACUACAGCUGCAACACCUGCAAAACCUGCAGCCACGAAAACAGCAUCACCUACCAAACCAGCAAAGAAAAAAGCAAUGAGUCCAGGCAGCACUAGUACCACAAAAAUUGCAAAGCAGAAGUGUAUUCUCUUCGACUGCAGCAACACCGGACGUAAGGUAGGUGAAGGAAGAGUGGCUUCAACUGAUCCGAAAGAGCUGUGUCACUUUGUGCCCCUGGGUCCAAAUGCAAGCAAGGUGUGGGUUGAAGUGGCUAAGAUUGGUGAUGCAAAGGUGUGGAGGCCAAAUUCAGAGAUUGAAUAUAUCUCUGAUGCAAUAGGUUCGGUUGUGGCAUGGCCAAAUGAUAAACUGAAGUUGGUGUGAAAGUCGGAAACAAUGUAGCUCUAGUUGUGUUUUUUUUUCUCGACGGCUCUAGUUGUAUUUCUAGUUUGAACUUAUGUGAAGUUAUGUGUAAUAUUUAUGUGUGAUAUUAUGUGUAAGUUCACAAACAAAAAACAAAUAUUAUGUGUAAUAUUAAGAUAUAAUCUUGUGUACUA